GAAGGUGACUUUGCUUUGCUAUUAAUUUGAUUCCCUACCAUCCUGCUGCUUCAUUUUCUCAACUUCUUAUCUUCCCUUCUCCUUUCCUCUCUAUUCAAAAACUGUCACACUUUUCAUUUUGAGUUCCAGCAUUGCCACAUGGGGAGACACUCUUGCUGUUACAAGCAGAAACUAAGGAAAGGUCUUUGGUCUCCUGAGGAAGAUGAGAAACUACUCAAUUAUAUUACCAAGCAUGGUCAUGGCUGUUGGAGUUCUGUCCCUAAGCAAGCAGGUUUGCAAAGGUGCGGAAAGAGUUGCAGGUUAAGGUGGAUUAACUACUUGAGGCCUGAUUUGAAGAGAGGAGCUUUCACCCAGCAGGAAGAGAACUUGAUUAUAGAACUCCAUGCAGUUCUUGGUAAUAGGUACUGUUAUAUAUACUACUUGUUUUGGGAACUUUGAUCAAUAUCCAAAAGGUUUAUAAUUAGUUUGAUUGUACUAAUUGGUGAAUUGUAAGUGUAUGUUACUUCAUCAGAUGGUCUCAGAUUGCAGCGCAGUUACCUGGAAGAACCGACAAUGAGAUUAAGAAUUUAUGGAAUUCCUGCAUUAAGAAGAAGCUGAGGCAAAGAGGCAUUGACCCAAACACCCACAAACCACUUUCUGAGGUUGAGAACGAUAGCAAGGAGAAGCUACCGACACCUAACAAGAACAAUGAGAAAGCCUCUGUAGGAUCUAAUGAACUUAAGCUCGGCGACCCUACAUCUAUGCAUGUGGAAAAGUUCCCAAUUGAGUUUUCUUGCAGCAGCAAUGGGAACAACAUGACGAGUACACCUCAAACUCAGGAUUUCUUGCUGGAGAGAUUUGCUGCCCCCCAUGACAGCUCCACCACCAGUUGCAGACCAUCUAAUGUGGUGGGGUAUUUCCCAUUCCAGAAGUUGAAUUAUGGACCAAAUUCUGGACUCUCCAUGAAUCAAAGUACUUCUCUCUUCUUCAAUCCAAAUCCAUCCAGUUCCUCUGAAAUGAUUUCUGAGUUCAAUUCUCAAACAGUUCUCCCAACCAUGUCAAGCUCACUUUUCCCAACCCCUAUCCACGUAAAGGCUUCUUUUAGCCUUCCUUUUGAUAACCCUUCUUCUUUAGGCACACGCAAUAUCAAUAGGGUACAAAACUGGGAAGGCAACUGCUUCAGCAACAAUGCUGGAAGCAGCAAUGGAAGCAAUAGCAGUGUUGAAGUACAAAGCAACAAUGCCUUCUUCGAAGGCAAUAUCUUCUCUUGGGGACUAACAGACUGUGAAGAAUCCAAUGCUGUACCCCAAAUCCGUACACUAGAAGGUGAACAAGACGACCUUAAAUGGUCUGAAUAUCUGAACACACCAUUUCUUCUUGGAAACACAAUGCACAGUCAAUCAUCUCAAGCCAUGUACAACGAGGUUAAACCACCAACAGCCCUCUUAGCACCAGAACCAACACAAACAGGCUUCUCAGGCUUCAGAUAUGUAUGCUAAGGAUUUCUUCUAAAGGGCUUUGGAUAUAUUAUAUUUUCAGAAGGAGGUGUGUGCUAUAGAUUUUUUUUUAAUUUUUUUUUAUUUUUUUAUUUUGUAUAUGUGUCUUAUACAAACUUUCCACCAUUCUGUUACUGAGUAUAUUUUACUUGUGAUUGCUGAUGAAACACAUUAGAAUUUGAGAAUACUGGAGUUUCUUGUGCUUUGGUUUGAAUGAAGUAGUUUUGCAUAG